AUGCAUAUUGAAAAUUCUGUUUACUCCUCAAUGUAGACACCCUACACUCAACCUUAUAUGGCACCUACAGCCAAUAUGUAAAGAAAAGAAAUUGGAGAUUAAGCUAUAUGGACAUUGUCAUCUGCAAAAACAGGGAAUGGAGUAGAUCAGUUAAGAGAUGACAAUAUGAAUACCUUUUGGUAAUCUGAUGGAACAUAACCGCACUAUCUAACCAUAUAAUUUUUAAAGAAGAUGAGAGUUUAGGAAAUUGCCAUAUAUUUAGAUUUCAAAUAAGAUGAAAGUUAUACUCCGAAUAAACUCUCCAUUCGAACUGGAACUAAUAUUCAGGACAUGAAGGAAGUUUAAUUUAUUGAAUUGAAAGAACCUUAUGGAUGGUAUGUGAUUGCACUCAAGACUAAAUUGCUAAAUGAUAGACCAUACGUUUCUACAAUUAAUGUCUAAAUUGUAGUUUUAUAAAAUUAACAUAGUGGAAAAGACACACAUAUAAGAUAAGUGAAAAUAUUUGGACCUCGAGAGAACCAAAAUCAAGGAUUGAGUUUUCCUGACUUUAAAACACCUGAACUUACUUAAUAUGCUUCAAUUCGUUGA